AUGUGGUGGCUUGAUCCUGGAAAGGAGGUCCUACAUGUCCUCUUCAAUCGGAUCCUUGCUCCAUAUGUCGAGAAUUUAGAUAUGAACCAGGUCAACUAUGGAAUUGGCCAAGGCAAGCUGACACUCCGUAAUCUUCGGCUCAAGAAAGGCGCGCUUGACAAGUUCAGAUUACCAGUCGACGUUCAAGAAGGUUAUCUCGGAAAGUUCACACUAUCACUUCACUGGAUGAAUCUGGGCAACCAGCCCGUCGAGAUCAUGGUCGAAGACGUUUACCUUCUUGUCGUGCCGUCUCCACAAUCAAACAUCGACGUGCAAGAGGGAGAAAGUCGCGCGCAAGCUAUCAAAAUGGAGCGCCUAGAAAACGCCGAACUACUCCAUAUGCGUGGUCAAGCUGAAUCAACUGACGAUUCGCCUCAAUCUCAGGGUCUAAUCCAGUCACUCAUCGCUAAAAUUAUCAACAAUGUUCAAAUCACGGUCAAGAACAUUCAUAUCCGAUACGAGGACAAAUUUAGCGUCCCCAAGCAUCCUUUCGCUGCCGGCAUUACACUUGCUGGCUUUACAGCCGUGUCGGUCAAUGGGAGGUGGCAACCAGCUUUCAUAGAGAGUACUGCUGGUGCAAUUCACAAACUAGCCAAACUUGAAUCGUUGGCCGUCUAUUUCGACACCGAUUCACCCAGUCUCGCCGGUCUCCCGCCUGCGGAAGCAAUCAAGAAGUUUUCUGCGCUCAUUUCGACCAGUUCCGAAGAUAAAAACCAUCAAUUUAUCCUCACACCUGUUUCGGGAGAAGGCAGAAUCAUGAUGAACCACAAGUACGACAAGAACACUCCUCAAUUCGACGUCCAGCUGCUUUUCCAAGAAAUUGGUGUUUCUCUGGAUGAUAAACAGUACCGCGACAUCAUCUCUCUCGUCGACAUGUACCAUGUCUAUAUGCGAAAACACCAAUAUCGCAAGUUUUACCCCAACGACACACAACUCGUCGAAAACCCUGCGCGGGCACGACUAUUCUAUGCCGGGACUGCUAUACUCGAAGGCGUGCGAGAGCGACGCCGCAAAUGGACCUGGACGUAUUUUGCCGAGCGUCGCGAUGAUAGAACCAAGUAUGUUGACUUAUUUCAACAGAAAUCUCUCAACAACUUGGCGGGAACCGAUGUGCAAACUUUCGAAGCACUAGAGAAUAAACUGUCCUACGAGGAUAUUCGAUUUUACAGAUCGAUUGCACGGUCACGGCUGCGCAAGGACAUGGCCCUUCGAAAGCGGCUAGAGGAUAGUCGAAACAAAGCACAACCGGCGAAGCAAGGAUGGGGUACAUGGUUGUGGGGCUCAUCCACCUCGGAAAGUCAAGAAGACCCCGCCUUUGGAGGACCUAUGACGGAAGAGCAACGAAAGCAGCUCUAUGAUGUCCUUGACUAUGACGAGAAGUCGGCACUAGCAGAUGCACUUUCUGCCCCGCGCGACUCGAUGAAAGCACGCAUUGUUGCGAAAUUGAACAAAGGCUCAUUUGCACUCAAGAGUCUUUCAAAAGACAAAUCAGCAACAGACAUCAUAUCCAUCGUAUUCGAUGUUUUCCAGGCCAAUGUCAUCCAACGACCGGACAACCUGGAAGCAUCGGUUUCCCUUGGAGGCUUCGGCGUCUUCGAUGGGACUACAGCGAAUACGCUUUACCCCCAGAUUGUAGAAGUCAAGGAUCCAAGUGGCCGAAUUCAAGGCGACUAUGGAAUCCAGAUUGAGGGCGUUGAACGGAACAUGCAAGACCCCUUCCUAUUCGUCAAAUUCGAACACAAUCCGCUAGAUGGGCGUGCGGAUAAUGCGCUGAUCGUUCGAAUGCGACACAUUUUUUUUGCCCCUGCAAGUCAGCUGGAGUCUGUAGAGGCCCUAUUGAGUGCGGCAAGUGAGACCCUCGAAGGAUUGAGGAAGGAGACUCGCGCGGGACUCGAAUAUGCAUUACAAACUCACAAGACCAUCGAUAUUCAAAUGGACCUCAAGGCUCCAGUCAUCAUUGUGCCGGAGAACAUCACUACGCAUCAAUGCAAACAUCUUAUCAUCGACGCUGGCCACAUUGCAAUUGAGAGCAAUCUGGCUGACCCACAAGCAAUCCGCGAUAUUCACUUGAAGCGCAACAAGCAGUACAGCGAUGAGGACUAUAAACAUCUAGAGAGCCUCUGCUAUGAUAGGUUCUCACUUCGACUUGAAGCAGCACAGUUCGUGCUAGGCAACGACCUCAAGUCUUGUCAAGAUGCCCUCACAUCCGACGCGAAAGACACACUGCAUUUGUUGGAACGAAUCAACAUUGAUCUUGAAAUCCAAAACUCGAUUGUUCCCAACGCCUUUAACCUCGCUCGUUUCAAGGUUGCAGGCCACCUCCCUUCUCUCCGAGUCAACCUGUCCGAUACCAAAUACAAAACUCUCAUGCGUUUAAUCGACGUUUGUAUCCCAAAAUUCGGCAACGAUACUUCACCGACUCCUCCACCAUUACCUAAAACUGUGUCCAGCGCAUUCCAGCUUCCUUCCGUGUUCGGUCCUACCAGCGGCGAGUAUCAUGUUGAAGAAGAUGAAGAAACGGAGGACAAAGAGGAGGAAGAUGAUGAUGCUUUCUUUGAAGCAACAGAUGGUUCUCCACAACGACCCGAAAUUCAUCAACAUAUCUUCGAACUCAAUUUCCGCGUUGACAACCUGCAAGCUUCACUUUCGAAGUCUACUCAUGAUGGCAUUGAGAAACCAUUGGGAGAAGUUGAGCUUAAACGGUUUGCUCUAAUGUUUGCCUUGGCAAAGUUCGAUAUGAAGGUGGAUGUAAACCUUCAGGCCUUGGCCAUGAAUGUGGUCCAGCCAGGGGCUCAACCUAUUAAAUUCGUCUCGUCUCCCGAGUCUGACCUUCUCGAGGACAAAGAUCUUCUUAGCCUCACUUAUCGGCGCGUACAGAAAGAAUCUCCAGAGUUCCUCACAGUGUACGAGGGAAUUGAUCAAAGCGUCGACAUCCAGCUUUCUACGUUCGUAUUCCGCGCUGCACCAGAACCGGUCGUCGCAUUAUACGAUUUCAUUAUGACCACCUUCGUGCCCAAACCAGCACCCCAAGAGCAUAUCCAAGCUACACCAGAAACAGAAGUCGUCCUGCAGGCUGCUCCCGGAAAAAUACGCGUGCUUGUCAAACUGGCAAGUGUUCAAGUCACCUUGAUCCAUGGAACGAUUAGCCUGGCAACUUUGUCGCUUUCCACAGCGGAUGUUGCGGUUCUUGUUCUUCCAAAGACUUUGCAAGUCACGGGAAGACUAGGGAGUCUGGCGUUGAGUAAUGACUCAUCUGCUCAUCCCGUGCAAGACGAAUUCAGUCAGAUUGUCUCGAUUGAAGGCCAAAACUUCGCCAAUUUCCGAUAUCAGACGUUCGAUCCAGAGGACGAUAGUUAUGUUGGUAUCAACUCUUCCGUGUACCUUGCUGCAGCGUCAGUCAAGCUUCAUUACCUGGAAUCCCCCCUCCACGAGAUCUUUCUGUUCAUGCAACGGCUUGCCAAGCUAAAAGGGCUAUAUGACGCGGCGACACAAGUCGCUGUCCAAAGGGCCUCCGAAAUUGAACGCAUGCAGUUUGAAGUCUCCGUCAAAUCGCCCAUCAUAGUCUUUCCGUCCGACCCCGCGAGUUCGCGGGACACUCUGGUGUUGAGACUAGGCGAAAUCACCGCCAAAAACGCAUAUGAAGACGUGGUCAACCGAGUCACCGCAGGCCUUACCGGCAUUCAGCUCGUCUCUAAUCUCCAUCUUGUCAGAGAUGAUGAGUUCGCAACCCUGAAGAUUGUGGAUGAUAUCGACGUCAAGGCGACCGUUGUUCAAACAAGUGGUAUAAACAGGCAAGAUAAUCGUGACUUGCCCGAUGUACAGAUUUCCGUCAAUAUUUCAGAUGUUCGCUUGCACCUUACUCAAGUCCAGUAUAUUUUGCUCAUUGGACUCUUGAAAUCCGUUCCGAGAGUAUUUGCCACUGGGGCGGACGCUCCGCCUUCGGUACAACCGCCCCCCUCGACGAAACCUACAUCCCUAGCAACACAGGUACAAGUCGACUUGCAGCCAGAAUUAAAACUCAUCGACUCUACCACUGGAUCACGGCCCUGGACUUCGUUGGAUUUAUUGGUCUCGGUCGAUACUGUGAAGCUGCAUCUAUAUGACGCUUUCGCGUUACAAGCAGCUGAUCUCAAACAACACGGCAUUGCUCGCUUCGCCCUGAACAACAAUACUUUGCGGUUUAAAAUGCUCUCAAAUGGGUCUGGGGAAGCUCAAGUUGUACUCAAGUCUUUCACAGUUGGCAAUACUAGACCUGGCUCGUCGAAAUUCCGCGAGAUCAUUCCUGCCGCCCAACACGAUCGAAACCAAUUUAUGGUGUUGUAUACGAUGUCUGGCGGAGUGAAUCCAACCGCUUUGGCAGUCCUCACCGUCGACUCGCCACAGGUCAUCUUUGCUGUGGAUCCCCUUGUUGCUCUUAUGCGUUUCUUUACCAGCGCAUUUAUGCCCGGCGUAUCUGCAGAGGACGAAGGGACGACGCCAGCACCUCAAGCCCAGGCCAACGCUGUCGAGUCUCAAAGCUCACUUGACUUCCGAGUAGAUCUUCAUGAUCUCUCGGUCAGCAUAUUGGAGAAUGAUGCCGAUGUUGAGUCUCCGGCCAUGAAGUUGACGAUCAGUCAAGUUCUUCUAUCACAACAGGGUAUCCUUGCAUUGACUGUCAACCGCCUUGGAAUGUCUCUGGUUCGCAUGGGAAAGCCGGAUGAGAGCGUGAGGUUCUUGGACGACUUCGACAUGACCUUCUCUCUCGAUAACCGUUCAGCGUCCGAUCAACAGAUGACAAGCAUUGAGGUUUCAGCUAAGCCUAUCGUGUUUCGUGCAUCAUAUCGCGAUAUCAACAUGAUUAUGACAAUUGUCAACAAAGCUAUUGAGCUUUCCAACGAAUCACAAGAUAGACCAACUGCUUUGGUCAAUGCUUCCGCUCAAUCAGUGCGCCCCUCUCAAACUCGCGCUGCGACAUACAAGCAACCGGUCGGGAAGGCCCGCGUGCUCAUGUCGAAAGAAAUGCUAAAAGGUUCAUUCGACGGCUUCCGUUUGAUCCUCAUUGGAGAUAUGCACGAACAACCUAUGCUGCAUUUGAAAAUCAAACCUUUCAUCAUCGGUGCAAAAGAUUGGUCAGGCGAGCUUCAAGCCACGACUACGAUGGCGAGCCAGAUCAGCUAUUGGAAUCUGACCAAUUCCCACUGGGAGCCCCUCAUCGACCCAUGGACCUUCACUACGUCGAUAACCAGGAGUCCGUCAAACGCAAUGAGUCUGACACUUUCCUCCCGCGAAAGACUUGAUCUCAACCUUACAACCACGUUUGCUGAGCUAGCUGUCACUACCUUCAAUAUGUGGUCCAAACAAGGCGAUUUUGUCCUGCAGAAAGCACGAGGAAGUUAUGCGCCAUACCGCAUCAAUAACAGCACCGGCUCACCCAUCUUUGUAUGGGCUGAUACGGAUGGCAAUGCCAGUGCCAAAGAUGUUCCAGCUGUCAAAAUUCCACACAGCGAAAUAGUGGAUUGGCGAUUUGACGAUUGGAAAACAAUGCGAGAGCACUUGUCUUCAGCACAGCAUAACAUCGGCCUACAGAUCGACGGCAAGCCUUGGGAUCAGCUUCGUAGCAUUCCUGUGGACAGGGAGGGAGAGUAUAUCUACACGCUGCGGUCGCGGACGGAACGGCAUUCUCAUCGCCUGCUUGUUGAAGUGAAGGUGAUCGACACGGUCAAAGUUGUCACGUUCAGGUCGACCUACAAAGUGGAGAACCUGACUCUUUACCCGAUCGAGUUAACAUUGGUGGAUGACAAUGGCCCUGUCCAAGGCGUACAGAAAAUCGCUCCCGGCGAUCAUUACUCUCUCCCUGUUGGUGACGCUGUUACUAUGAACAAGAUUCGGAUCCAGCCAGAUCAGGGCUUUGGUUACAAGUGGUGUUCGGCAAUUCAUUGGGAAGAUUUGAUGGCUAAACGCAAUCUUACCAUCAAAUGUGCUCACACAGAUGCCCGAGAAGCCGCCUUUAGGUUCCAAGCAUGGGUACAAACGGACACAGACGCGUCUUCUGCACGUAAAUACCCGAAAAUGACCUUGAAACUACGGGCGCCAAUUGAGCUUGAAAAUUUGCUCCCUUACAAUCUCGAAUAUCGAAUUUAUGACAAGGAUACUGAUCAGAAUUGGAGAAGUUAUCUUCGUCAAGGCGGCGUGAUGCCCGUUCACUCUGUUGAACUCUCCCAUCUUGUUUUGCUGAAUAUCGAGAUCCAAGACACUGUGUUCAAGCCUAGUGACUUUGCCAUCGUCAACACCAAUCAGCAUUCCGAUUUCGAUAUCGAAAAGCGAUUGUCUUUGCGGGACGCGAAUGACCGCAAGUUAGAUCUGAGACUUAACUAUGUACGAUAUCCAGAAUCUGGAGGGGCAUUCAAGGUCCAAAUUUACAGUCCCUAUGUCGUCAUCAACAAGAUGGGUUUGCCAUAUGCGGUCCGAUCGCGUUCCGGUCGGACCGGGUCUCCUCAAGAUGUUGCGGGAGAGACUCGUCCAGAUGUUUUGGUCACAACGGCACCCUUCCUUCUGUCCCAUCCAAGCGACAAAGGACAUGAAUAUGUCUUCCGAGUUGCUGACUCAGUUUGGUCGAGAGUCUUUAGCUUCGAAGCCCCUUCAGCGGAAACACAACUAGUAGCUGCUUCUCAGAAGCAAAAGACCGACGAGGUUCACGUCGGGAUCUCUUGGACAGAAGGUCUGGGGAAGUAUAAACUUAGCAAAGUCAUUACUUUGGCCCCUCGCUUCAUCAUCAAGAACAACCUUUCUGAAGCUAUAUCAUUCCGCGAGCAUGGCGUAGCUCCUCGAGAUCGCUCCGCGGUAAAACCCGGUCAACGUUGUCCUCUUCAUUUCCUGCGCGCCGAUCAAGAGCACUUGUUGACAAUCGCCUAUUCUGGCCUCAACACGCAAUGGUCACCUCCCAUAAGAAUUGAAGACAUUGGGACCGUUCAUUUUCGAUUACGCUCGCCCAGUCGCGAAGACAAUCCCAUUGAGCUUAUCCGAGCGGACAUCAAAAUUGACGGUUCAACAAUUCUAGUGAAUUUCUCAGCAGCAGGGGACGCUUGGCCUUUUACGAUUGAAAAUGACAGCGAUUAUGUGGCCUUUGUGUCCCAGAAGGAUCCUUACGCUGACGCCGCUGAGUCAUCACCCCGGCCUCAGACGAGCAACACAUCUGGUCGACCGUCCGUUGUGUACACAGUAGAUCCCCGGUCGACUCUUCCAUACGCGUGGGAUUUUCCAGCAGCCGACGAAAAGAAGAUUCAACUUUCAAUCAAUGGCUUCCGCCGGAUCGUGGACGUCAUGGAAAUAGGAGAUCUUGUGCCUUUUAAGUUCAAUGACGGCCAACGAAAUAGAGUUGUAUCUCUCGAUGUCCGCGCGGAGGGUCAACGACAAGUUCUGCGUAUAAGCAACUACGUUGCCGAACUUAGCGUCUAUAAACCUAAGAGGAACAACACUCUGACGCUCUCAAGACAGGACACUAUGUCAACAGAAGGCUUCGAUGCAAUUGCUGAUGAGUCUCUGCCAACUCUUGCUUUCACCAUUGAUUUCGCUGGGAUCGGUAUAUCCCUUGUCAACAAGAGAAUCGAAGUCAUCUAUGUGUCCAUGAAUGCUCUCAAAUUCGAGUAUACGAGUAGCGCUGUCGCCCAUGCAGUCAGUCUAUCUUGUGGCACGCUUCAAAUUGACAACCAACUCCACGACGCAUUAUAUCCCGUCAUUCUCCAACCCACACCUAUUCCAAAGCGGUCAAACGGCAGCACAGCCGCGCUCCCGACCGUGCAAGCCUCAAUAAUCUGGCUCAAAGACCAGGCUCAUGGAGUUUUGUUCAUCAAAUACUGCUCCAUCUUGCUGCAAGCUCUGACAAUCGAGGCCGACGAAGAUUUGCUGUUUUCAAUCUAUGAUCUAACCAAAAUCAAAGGAGCUUCUUGGGAAGAAGGCGUGCCAGAUGUACUUAUUCCUGCCGAAGAAGAAAUGCGCGAGACAAUAGCCGCCGAGUCCACACCUGGAGCCGACCUUUACUUCGAAGUUCUCGAGCUUCAACCAAUCAAGUUGUCACUAUCAUUCAUGCGCACUGAACGAGUGAGCGCAGAGGAAAAGCUCAGUAUCCGGAAUCCAUUGGCGGUCGUGAUCAACGCGAUCACGAUGGCCGUGGGUAACAUCAAUGAUGCGCCGCUGGAAAUGAACGCACUGGCCAUCAAAGACAUGCGCCUGACGAUGCCUGAGCUGCAAACUCGUAUCACGAUGCACUAUCGGCAAGACCUCAUUCGCCAACUCUAUCGAAUCCUCGGUUCAGCCGAUUUCAUUGGCAAUCCAGUUGGUUUGUUCACCAACGUGAGCUCUGGAGUGUUGGAUGUCUUCUACGAGCCAUUCAAUGGUGUCGUACAUGGCAACAACAAGGAACUUGGGAUCGGGAUAGCCAAGGGUGCUGCGAGCUUUGUCAAGAAGACCGUGUUCGGCCUCAGCGACAGCAUGACCAAAUUCACCAGCAGUGUGGGCAAAGGUCUAUCUGCGGCCACCUUCGACUCGGAGUAUCAAACGCGUCGCAGGUUAACUCAACGACGAAAUAAACCGCGCCAUGCCAUAUAUGGUGUCACGGCUGGCGGGGAAGCAUUUGCAAGCAGCGUGGCCAGUGCGAUGGAAGGUGUCCUGAUGAAGCCUAUCGAAGGCGCUGAAUCAGAAGGCGCUGUUGGGUUCUUCAAGGGCGUUGGCAAAGGCCUCGUUGGUGCUGUUACCAAGCCGGUUGUCGGUGUUUUUGAUCUGGCUUCCAAUGUCUCUGAAGGCAUUCGAAACACUACCACUGUGUUUGAUGGUCCUGCACGGGAUCGUGUUCGACUACCAAGGCACAUAUCCUCAGACGGCGUACUUCGACCAUACGAUGCGCGAGCCGCCACAGGCCAGUAUUGGCUUCGCGAUCUCGACAAUGGAACCUUCCGCCAAGAAGUGUACGUUGCACACAUCAACACUCCUGGCGGCGACAACGUUGUCCUGCUGACAACAAGUCGCGUGCUCUCAUUCUGGUCACGGAAGCUGCGCCUCGACUGGGAGCUGCCGUUUUCGCAGGUGCAGGGUGUGAGCGUGGAAGACACUGGGAUACGCUUUGCGCACAAAUCGGGCCGAGAAAGCGACAAAUUUGUGUUCAUCCAAGACAAGUCGUCAAGUAGCUGGUUCUUUGCCCAGGUUGCGAAUGUUGUCAAAACUUACAACUCGAGGAGACGGCAAGAUAUUUAA